GACACGCCACAGCAUAUGCAGAGUUGAAUGUUUCUUGGAAAGACUUUCGAUUUGCUUUUGAGCGAAACGUUUUCGAUGACAAAUACUGUGCAAUGUAUGAUGCAGCUUUAGGUGUGGUGCAAGGCACAGCUUCGACGAAGAAGCGUGGGAGAAAGGAAAUUUUCCUGAAAGAUCUGUCGGAGGAGCUUCAACAGUUGUUUAUUGGACCAGGCGGUUCAGAUGAACGCGAAUGGCAUGCUUGGAUUGAUAAGGGUGCAAUAGAAAUACUUGAUGAUGUCACUAGCAGGAAAAUUCGAUCAGACCAUCCGGAUCUUGUGAUUCCAACACGUUGGGUUCGUACAAACAAAGCAGAAGGGCUUGAAGGUCAGUCGUUUGUUGCCAAGUCACGCCUUGUGGCGCAGGGAUUCAAAGACAAGUCUUUGGGUUUUUACAGACGUGAUGCACCCACAGCGAGUGCGUUGGCAGAAUCCAUUUGUCUUGCAGUUUCGGCAUUUCUGAAUUUCACAAUGAUCAGCAAGGACGUCAAGAAUGCAUAUUUUUCUGGACGGUCGCUUGAUCGAGAGAUCUACCUCUCUCCGCCGAAGGGUGGACUUGGAAAUCUGAAGCCGACGCAGUUGCUUAAGGCAAAGAAAGCAAUCUAUGGAUUCAGUGAAGCGGCACGCAUGUUCUGGGUAGCCUUGAAGGGUUAUUUGGAGUCCGAUGGCUGGACUGAAAGUCGUUUAGAACCUGCAUUGUUUUUCUUGCGUGGUGACAACAAUCAAUUGCGUGGCAUUCUUGUGACACAUGUUGAUGAUGUUGAGGGUGGUGUUCACCCGGACAGCAUUGAAUCAGCGUGUCAACAUUCAAGCAAAGCAUUGGAGUUCGCUACAAACCAUUUUCGAGAGUUUGUUUUCCGAGGCCGCGAGAUCAAGCAACACAAGGAGAACCAUAUAGAUGUUUCGAUGAGAAACUACUCUCUAAGCACCAGGAGCAUUAAAGUUGAUGCCCACCGGAGGAAGCAGCCUGACAGUCCGCUGACGGAGGAGGAAUUUCAGGCGUUUCAAUCAGGUGCUGGAGAGCUUGGUUGGUUGACAAGGCAACUGCGUUGUGACCUGUGCUUUGAGAACGGGGUCAUUCAGCGUGCCAAGUCGACUGCGUGUGUUGAGGACUUGAUUCGUUUAAAACAAUAUCUUGCAAGCGCCAGAAGAGGUGCAGACUUCAGGAUGCGCUACUGGAGCGAUGUUGACUUGCGGAAUGGUGUUCUCAUACAUCUUGCAGAUUCCGGUCAUGCAAAUGGGACACCGGAGAAGGAUGGCAUUCUGCGGUAUCGGAGUGUUGGAGGAUAUUUCUUGCUUUUGUCCAACCCAGAGAUCCUUGAAGACAAACCAGCCAAAGCAGUGAUCCUUGCCUUCCAUAGCAGUCAAACAAAACGCGUGUGUCGUUCCACAUUGGCAGCAGAAGCUUCACACCUUGCGGAGGCAGUUGAGGCAGGAGAUUGGUGUUGUUGUUUGCUUGAGGAAGCACUUUCAGGUGAGUUGAAUUUGAAGGAUUGGCCAUCCAUUAUUCACAAGCGGUAGCGUGUUUAUGUGACUGAUGCCAAAUCCGUUUUCGAUUACCUUCAGAAGGAUGCAACAAGCACUUCAACGGAUAAACGAAUGGCCAUAGAGGGCGCUUUACUCAGAGAAACAGUUCGACAGCCGAACGCAAAGGUUCGUUGGAUUGACGGGAUGCAGAACAUUGCAAAUGUGUUGACCAAGGCCAAUACAGAUAAGACUGUUUUGCAAGAGUUUCUGAGGAGCGGCAUGAUGACAUUGGUGCAGACAGAAGAAAACAGACAGUUGAAGGAAAAGAAACGAUUGCAGCGGCAAGCUCGCAAGAUUGUUCUUGAUGCGCAAAAGCAACAAAAUCAACAAAAAAAAGUUACGAGUGUGAGAUUUCCCUUGGAUUUCGAUGACGCUUGAUGUUUGUUGCAUUAUGCAUUUUCACUUCAGCCGGUUCAAAGACAAAGAGCCAAGCAUUGUCAGGUGCCAAGUGUCUGAUCGGCCCGCUAUCGCCAGAGCUUCGGAAGACACGCGCAAAUCGGAGAAGAUAUACCAUGGAACAUUUCGACUUUGUUUGUGUUUCACUUGAGCUUUCGUCUCGGUCGCGAGAAA